CCCAUGGUGUCUGCUGAGGCUCUCUUUGGGGAUGGCAGAAUGAGAGGAAUGCUCUUAAUUCUGCUCUACGUCUCCCACUCUUCUGCCAGAUGUGGCAUCCAGAACACGGCCAUUAUGGAAACUUCCGAAGAGGGCCUGGUCAGAAGCAAGGAGUUCCCGUGGGUGGUGUCACUGCAGGAUUCCCAGUACACCCACCUGGCUUUCGGCAGCAUCCUCAGUGAGUUCUGGAUCCUCAGCAUCGCAUCUGCCUUUCAGAACAGGAAAGACGCCAUCGCUAUAGUUGGGAUAGCCAAGAUGGAUGCCAAAGUGGUUUCUCACGAAGAGUACCCCAUCAACAUUAUCCUUCUCCAUGAGGAAUUUGAAAACCACACAAUGAGCAAUAAUAUAGCUCUCUUGAAGACUGACACUGCGAUGCAGUUUGAUGACCUGGUCCAGCCUAUUUGUUUCCUCAACAAAAAGCUGCUUAUGCAACAAGUCCUGCGAAAUUGCUGGGUGGCAGGAUGGAAUCCCACAUCUGCAACAGGAAAUCACAUGACGAUGAGUAUCCUAAGGAAAAUCUCCGUGAAAGACGUAGACCUGUGUCCCUUACACAGAAUCCAGAAAUCAGGAUGUGGCAAUCACAUACAGCAAGAAACUGAUGCUGUCUGUUUGGGAGAUGCAGGAAACCCAAUGAUGUGCCAGCUACCACAACUGAAUCUGUGGAUGCUGAAAGGAAUUCUUACCCACGGUGGCCAGAAAUGCCCCGGUAUCUUUCUGUACGUCAGGGUGGAAGACUACAGCGAGUGGAUCGUGUCUAAGACUAAGACAUCCAACCCUCUCCUGUCUUCCUUCCACCACUGGGACAAUCUGAUUCCUCUCUCCAGCUACUCACCACAAGUCGCUGUGACACAGAAGAGAAAUUCUGGGCUGAGCCAGGUUGGAAAGUUCCAAACAAACCUCCAAGGACAAAAAAGGGCCACCAAACACUUAUGGCCAGCAAAUGACUCUAGAAUGAAUCUAGACUUUAGGGAAAACAAUGGAAAGGAAUCAAGCAGGGCUUCUGAGGUGGCCAUACAACCUAUGUACUAUGAUUACUAUGGUGGGGAUGUUGGGGAUGGCGGGUCUAUGUCAGGUCAGAACAGCUUACAUCAGCCCCCAGAAAUCAUCUUAUUUUUCUUUGUGCUUGUUUUCUUUUGCAGAGGUAUCUAGUCUAGGAACUAACUCUCAGACUGAAGAGUAAGCUCAGAAUGCUGAGUGCCAGCCACUCACCACGCUGUUUUUUUUUUCUUUUUUUGGUGUCUGUUUUUGAUAGUUGUACACCUGGGCUGCUACGGACAGGCCCACAACACAUACUGGGCUGGCUCUCCCUCCUGUCCCACUCCUGCAUGUGGGAAGGCCACUUUCAUUUGUGCUUGUGAACUAAAUAUGGGCUGGCAAGUGUCAAACCAUUAGAGUACCCUGUGGUUCUUUCCGUGUUAAUGGCUCUAGGGGCUAGACUUCACAAAACAAUGUUCCCCUUGGGCAGAUGUGGCCUGGGAGGUGACUGUCAGCCUGGCUGGAGAGUCAGAGACACUGGUCAACACAAAGAACAGUGAGAGAAUCCCUUGACUAGGAAGGAGCUAAUUACUUUAAUAGAUCAUUUUUUGGUCUGCAGCCAUGACCUC